GACAUACCGCCGGCAGACGAUCCGCAGGACUUGUCGCCGCCCGCCAACCGCCACGUCUAGACGAGCCACAGCGAUGCCGAACGAUUACACCGUCGAAAUGUCGCACAAAGAAAGUGACCACAGCAGAAAUAAAAAGGUAUUUCAGUAAGUUGGGAAUUAGCAAAGGUCACCGAUGAGGUAAUAACGUUGAAAGUUGCUAGUUCGUUUAUCUAUGAAAAAUACAUUAGCUUCAACAAUACGCAUCAAUGCUACAAGUCUUAUUCUAUUGUGUAAUUCAUGUUUAUAUUAUAUUUUAUUCAUAAUAUUUUUCUUUUCUUUUAUUGAUUUAAAGCCCGGCAAAUAUGGCCAUUAGCUGUUUGUAGGAUGGUACGGUUGGUUUGGAACGCAUUUGUAUGUGUGGCAAGGAUUUUCUUACUAAAAAUCCAGAGUGGUCACCCAUCCGGGAACUAGAGUACGCAACUAAGUGUCUACACCGGGCCACACCACUCCACGAUAAUAUUAUGUAUAUAAAAAUAACACGAUACUAUCCAACAAUAUGGAUGGGGAAAAUAAACGUUAUCAUUAUGGAAUAAAAUCAACUUUAGCUCAGUGUUGGGCAAUAUCAGGAGUAUGGUUCUUGCAAAUCGAACUCGGUGCACAACUAAUGGUAUCCACUGUAGUUAUUGGGGCUUUACAGAAUGACGCAUCCAAAGACUCAAAUGAAGUGUUGAGUAUAACAGACGAAGAAGCAUCUUGGUUCGGUAGUCUGUUAUAUUUGUUCACACCUGUGGGAAAUAUGUUAUCAUUGUUUUUGCUGGACCGUCUUGGUCACAAGAAGUGUUUAAUACUGACAAACGUUCCGAGCAUAGUAGCUCAGUUCAUGUUGUACUUCGCCAAAAACAUAGAAAUGCUGUACGCCAGCUCAAUCCUGAUAGCGUUGGCAAUUGGGUUUUCGAGCUCCCCGAGUCUUGCAUACGCCGGUGAAGUAGGCGAACCAAAACUAAGAAGCGCAUUGAAUUCAGCGCUGAACAUAUUUUUUUUUAUGGGAUCCAUAAUAUUGACUAUGUUGUACAGUAUAACCCUGCAAUGGAGAUUGACGGUGAUAGUGACCACGGUGUUUCCGAUUUUGAGCAUUGCUUUAUUAUUAACGACACCAGAUUCUCCGAUAUGGUUAUUGGCCAAGGGAAAAAGUUCAAAAGCACACCGAAACCUUAGCAGAUUGAGGGGAAAAGUGUCGUAUGAAAAAUGUGAUGACGAAUUUCAAGAAAUGGUCAAAUACAUUUCUCCCUCCAACAAUGAUCAAUCGAAUCACAAAGGAGAUACAAAUACUUGGAAGCAACUUUUUGAGCCCGAGGUCAUAAGACCUUUUCGUUUGAUAAUGAUAUGUUUCUUCUUCGUGAAUUUAUUGUCUGGAUUACCAUUAUUUCCAUAUUUAGUACCAGUACUUAAUACAUUUGGCGCACCCGUAAACAUUGAAUUGACAUUAUCAUUCACGAUGGUUCUCUCUAUGUUAGGAAGUUUAAUGGCAGUUUUUCUAAUACGUAAAUUCGGCAAACGAUUUCUCACGCUAUUUACGUUAUCGAUUUGCUCUAUUUGCUAUAUAUCUAUUGGACUAAUCGGGGUUUAUUGGAAAAACUCAGAAUCAAUAACCUCUUGGAUAGUACUAGUACUUUUUCUUACUACUAUUUUAGCUUCAUCAUUUGGAAUAACGCCAGUUUCGUGGACCCUUGUCACCGAAAUAUUUCCUGCUAAGUGUAAAAAUAUUUUAUGCAGUACUUGUGCGGGUUUGUUUUGUAUCUAUACUUUUUUCAUGGCUAAAUAUUACCCGGAAUUGUCAAUAUUAGUGGGAUUUUAUAAUGUAUUUACUAUAGCUGGUACUGUUGGUUUAUUUAGCUGUAUAUAUUUCUAUUUUUGUCUACCAGAAACAGAAAACAAAACCUUACAAGAAAUUACUGAGUUUUUCAAAUAGAAUCAAACACUCAAUUGUUAUUUUGUUUUAUUAAUUAUUAACUAUCCUAGAAAGCUUUGUGUAGUGAGGUGUAUAUUUUUCCAUCAACGAGCAUUCAGUUUUUAAAUUUUUUAAGCAUAAAAACUAGAACAACCUUUAAAUUAACAUAAGAAAGAUUUUUCAACCUUCAGUAGUUCAAUCUUAUUAAUGUUACUAUAAAUCAGAAUACAACUGUUAAUUUUUUUUUUU